GCCGGUGCGGGCGUCGUACGUGCGCGUGCGCGGCGGCCCCGAAAGCGGCGCUCGGAGCCUGAGGCGGCUUCGCGGCGGCUCCUCGGCGGCUCCGGGCUCCGCGCUCCCGGCUCCCCGCGCUCCUCCCUCCAGGCCCGCCAGCCGGGGCCGCUCCCGGCGCAGGAAGAUGCCGGCUGUGUCCAAGGGGGACGGGAUGCGGGGACUGGCGGUCUUCAUCUCGGAUAUCCGCAACUGCAAAAGUAAAGAAGCGGAAAUAAAGAGGAUAAAUAAGGAACUGGCCAAUAUUAGAUCAAAAUUUAAAGGUGACAAGGCUCUUGAUGGCUACAGUAAAAAAAAAUAUGUCUGCAAGUUGCUCUUUAUCUUUCUCCUUGGCCAUGACAUUGACUUCGGACACAUGGAGGCUGUGAACCUGCUGAGCUCAAACAGAUACACAGAAAAGCAGAUCGGUUACCUUUUCAUCUCUGUGCUGGUGAACUCGAACAGUGAGCUGAUCCGCUUGAUCAACAAUGCCAUCAAGAACGACCUGGCCAGCCGCAACCCCACCUUUAUGGGGCUGGCCCUGCAUUGCAUCGCCAACGUGGGCAGCCGUGAGAUGGCUGAGGCUUUUGCUGGGGAGAUUCCUAAGAUCCUUGUAGCUGGAGACACCAUGGACAGCGUGAAGCAGAGCGCUGCCCUGUGCUUGCUGCGCUUGUACAGAACUUCUCCUGACCUUGUUCCGAUGGGUGACUGGACAUCCCGGGUGGUCCACCUCCUCAAUGACCAGCAUUUGGGUGUGGUUACUGCCGCCACCAGUCUGAUCACCACUCUAGCGCAGAAGAACCCCGAAGAGUUUAAAACCUCCGUCUCUCUGGCCGUCUCAAGACUGAGCAGGAUUGUGACGUCCGCGUCCACAGACCUUCAGGAUUACACCUACUAUUUUGUCCCGGCACCCUGGCUGUCAGUCAAGCUGCUGAGGCUGCUGCAGUGCUACCCACCCCCAGAAGACCCUGCGGUACGAGGCCGCCUGACAGAGUGCCUGGAGACUGUCCUGAACAAAGCCCAGGAACCACCAAAGUCAAAGAAAGUUCAGCACUCAAAUGCAAAGAACGCUGUGCUCUUUGAGGCCAUCAGCUUAAUCAUUCACCAUGACAGCGAGCCCAACCUGCUGGUGCGCGCCUGCAACCAGCUAGGCCAGUUCCUGCAGCACCGCGAGACCAACCUGCGCUACCUGGCCCUGGAGAGCAUGUGUGCACUGGCCAGCUCUGAGUUUUCCCAUGAGGCUGUCAAGACACACAUUGACACCGUCAUCAAUGCCCUGAAGACCGAGCGGGAUGUCAGUGUGCGACAGCGGGCUGUGGACCUCCUCUAUGCCAUGUGUGACCGCAGCAACGCCCAGCAGAUCGUGGCUGAGAUGCUGAGCUACCUGGAGACGGCCGACUACUCCAUCCGGGAAGAGAUCGUGCUGAAGGUCGCCAUCCUAGCCGAGAAGUACGCGGUGGAUUACGCCUGGUAUGUGGACACCAUCCUGAACCUGAUACGGAUCGCUGGUGACUAUGUGAGUGAGGAGGUGUGGUACCGAGUCAUCCAGAUCGUCAUCAACCGAGACGACGUGCAGGGCUACGCUGCCAAGACUGUGUUUGAGGCCCUUCAGGCCCCAGCGUGUCAUGAGAACCUGGUCAAAGUGGGUGGCUACAUCCUGGGGGAGUUUGGAAACUUGAUCGCUGGGGACCCCAGGUCCAGCCCUCUGGUCCAGUUCAACCUGCUGCACUCCAAGUUCCACCUGUGCAGUGUGCCCACCCGGGCGCUGCUGCUGUCCACCUACAUCAAGUUUGUGAACCUCUUCCCGGAGGUGAAAACCACCAUCCAGGACGUGCUGCGCAGUGACAGCCAGCUGCGGAAUGCGGAUGUGGAGCUGCAGCAGCGUGCCGUGGAGUACCUGCGGCUCAGCACUGUGGCCAGCACCGACAUCCUGGCAACUGUCCUGGAGGAGAUGCCCCCGUUCCCAGAACGUGAGUCCUCCAUCCUGGCAAAGCUCAAGAAGAAGAAGGGCCCGAGCACGGUGACGGACCUGGAGGACACCAAACGCGAGCGUAGCGUGGAUGUGAAUGGAGGUCCCGAGCCUGCACCAGCCAACACCAGUGCUGCGUCUACGCCUUCUCCGUCAGCAGACCUGCUGGGUUUGGGGGCACCCCCUGCCCCUGCAGGGCCCCCACCCUCCUCCGGUGGUGGGCUGCUUGUGGACGUGUUCUCAGACUCUGCCUCUGCAGUCGCCCCUCUUGCUCCCGGCUCUGAAGACAACUUUGCCAGGUUUGUUUGUAAAAAUAAUGGUGUAUUGUUUGAAAACCAACUGCUUCAAAUUGGACUUAAGUCUGAAUUUCGGCAGAAUUUAGGUCGGAUGUUUAUAUUUUAUGGUAACAAGACCUCCACGCAGUUCUUAAAUUUCACUCCAACGCUGAUCUGUCCAGAUGACCUUCAGUCUCGUCUGAACCUGCAGACCAAGCCUGUGGACCCAACUGUGGACGGGGGUGCCCAGGUGCAGCAGGUGGUCAACAUUGAGUGCGUGUCUGAGUUCACAGAGGCUCCGGUCCUCAACAUUCAGUUCAGGUAUGGGGGCACCUUCCAAAACGUGUCUGUCCAGCUUCCCAUCACCCUCAAUAAGUUUUUCCAGCCGACAGAGAUGGCAUCUCAGGAUUUCUUCCAGCGGUGGAAGCAGCUGAGCAAUCCACAGCAGGAAGUGCAGAACAUCUUUAAGGCAAAGCACCCGAUGGACACAGAGAUCACCAAAGCGAAGAUUAUUGGGUUUGGUUCUGCACUUCUUGAAGAAGUUGACCCUAACCCUGCCAAUUUUGUGGGAGCUGGCAUCAUACACACCAAAACCACCCAGAUUGGAUGCUUGCUGCGCUUGGAGCCCAACCUGCAAGCCCAGAUGUACCGACUCACCCUGCGGACAAGCAAAGAAACCGUUUCUCAGAGGUUAUGUGAAUUGCUGUCAGAGCAGUUUUAAUCAACAAGGACAGAACAGACUCAUGUGUUUGCGCAUUUUUCUUCAUCUCCAGACUGUUUGUGUUCGUUACCAUACUGCAAAUAUGUAUCCCUUGUCUGAAUACCUCAGCACAAGGAACCUCCCGGCCCUGCCCUUCCAGGCCCAUCCCUCAUGGGCUAGACAGGAACACACACCUGCUGCUCAGGAAGGAAAGCUCAGUCUGCACUGCACUGGCUGGGUCAGGAGAAGUGUGAAGACAGCUCUGUGGUUAAAUCUACAAAUUAAAGGGAGGUUAGAAGUUUGAAUGAAAAUGGAAAUUUUGUUGACAUUUUAUUGAAAUACCACUGCUCUGUUGCUAAUCUCUGAUUUUCUGAGAAUGGCAGCCUUGUGGUAUUUGUCGUGGGGCUAACCCUCAGCUAUUUGGCUGUCCUGGUGGGUGACUCAGCGCCCUUGGUUGAGCCCGAAUGGCCAUACAUGGCAGUGUGCUGUGAUGUUCUCGGGCCUCUGGGAGGAAGAACACAGUAGUUCACAUGGGUUGGCCGCUUCACCUGCUUUUCUGGGCAGGAUUUUAACCUAGAAUUGAAAAAACGUUUGUGUUUUUAAUGAUUCUGUUGGUGAAAGCACGUUUCGGCUAGGUUCAAUUCUGUCCUCCUUAUCUCAGGACCAGUGUUCUUAAGGGGAUGUGUGAAGCGUUCUUAUUGUUGAGAUUUUAGACCUGUAGUGUGGUGGGAGGAGUACUCUGGGUGGCUCUUGGUGGGGGGGUGUGUGCACAUUAUUCAUCUUGGUUCCAAACAAAUGUGCUGUCCCCGGCUGUGCCUGAGGACCUGGAAGGUGAAAUAUGGGAUGGUGGAACAAGGCUCCAGAAGGUAUGCUGUCUGCUCCCUGUCAGCGCAGGACCCCAAGGGCCGUAGUGGGGUGGAGAAAGGAAGCCUCUGGCCAGGAAGUGAGAGACUGCGUGUGAGGUGGCAGCCGCUGACCACACUGACCAGCUGUCCGCCUGUGUACAGUGCUUGCCCAUCAUCCUGUCCUCAGUACUCAGGCCCCCUGGCACCUCAAGACAGAGGAGAACGAAGCAAGCUCAAGAGGCCCCAGGAGCCAAGGCCAGUGCCGUGAGGUUGGUGCAGACAGAGGCAGAGCUGGUUUGUCCUACACGCACAGCUGCACCAGCCCCUGAUGGUGCUAAGGGGGUGGGAAGCCAGGUCGGCUCCAUGGUUUGGCAGAGCCACGCUUCCUGCUGCCCGACGUGCUGUGUGGCUCACAGCUUCCAGCCAUGAGGGGCAUGAGAGUGAGUGGCCACAUAUGUGAGCUCCUGCCCCCACAGGCUGUCAGCUCCUGCUGUGCAGCUCUCAGAGGCAGCAGCAGGGUCUUGUCCGACCCAAAGUCCUGGUGGCCCCAUGUUGUGAAACCUGUGUAAUCUGUGUGCCUCACGUUCCAUCUAGCAUAUUGGACUUGGGCCAGAGUGGGACAGUAUCAGAGUAAUCAGCACCUGCUGUGCUGGCCCUUCUAUGUCCUGUGGCAGAUGUGGUCAGUGGCAGUGCCCUUGUGUCUGACCCACACCAGCCACACCUCUGAGCUGGGCUGUGUAGCUAGAGGUAAGUCGCUGCUCCCCUUGUGCAGGUUGCUAGACAGCACACCGUCCCCAGAGUGUGCCCAGGUUCCGUUGCUUGGGCCCAGUGGACAGCCAGGCCUCUGGAGCUUGCUGACAAGUUACCUACAGAUUAGUGGGGUGAUUCCCUGUGUUGUCAGCCCCUCCCUUGAGCAGAGAAGAGGCCUUCCCUGUGCACUGCUCCACAGGUGGGCCUACCAAUGCAGUUUGCUCCUUGUCAAAGAAAAAUAAACACUAGAACAUAGA